AGCCUCAGCAUGGCUUGUGGGAUUCCCAUAUGCUAAUUACAUUCACGCGUUCAAGGUUCUGUAUAGCACCUCUCGACGUCAUCAAGAUCCGCCUGCAACUCCAAAUCCACUCCCUCUCCGAUCCGACGAGCAUACGUGGCAUCGAUGGACCUGUCUACAAGGGGACGCUGGGCACGCUCAAGCAGAUACUGCGCGAGGAGGGUCUCACCGGGCUAUGGAAGGGGAAUAUCCCGGCAGAGGCCAUGUAUCUCAUGUACGGAGCCAUCCAAUUCUCCGCCUACACGCACGCCUCCCAUGCCUUGAACGACCUACCCUCGCCGUACAAACUCCCCGACUCCGCCAACUCGUUCAUUUCGGGUGCGCUGGCUGGAGCUUGCGCGACGACUACCACCUAUCCACUAGACCUCCUUCGGACCCGAUUUGCAGCCCAGGGGAAAGAUCGAGUCUACUUUUCAAUCCUGUCAUCGGUCCGCCAGAUCGCAACUACUGAAGGCCUUCCAGGAUUCUUCCGAGGGUUGGGGGCAGGUGUGAGCCAGAUUGUGCCGUACAUGGGCCUGUUCUUUGCUGGAUACGAGGCUCUCAAACCGGUACUUUCGAAAGACGUUGUGCCGCUACCAUUCGGGAGUUCAGACGCAGUCUCCGGUGUCGUUGCUAGUGUGCUUGCAAAAACUGCGGUGUACCCACUGGAUACUACGAGGAAGCGAUUACAAGUGCAAGGGCCCACGCGAUCACAAUACGUACACCGUAACAUACCUCUCUACAAGGGCGUCAUUUCGACGGUUGGUCGUAUCUGGAAGAAUGAGGGGCGGAGAGGCAUGUAUCGAGGCCUUACUGUGAGUCUGAUGAAGGCAGCUCCCGCCAGCGCUGUAACAAUGUGGACAUACGAGAGGACUAUGGGCGUUCUGACUUCGAUGGAUGAGAAGCUAAAGGAAGUAUGAUAUGGGUCACAAUAGGCAUUAGCGGCGUAGUACAAUAGCGGGAUACUCUGGAGUAGGCGAACUUGGUGCUUGGGUGUCUGUCCGACGUCAAACUUCAACGGAUAGACUUAGAAUUAGUAGCCUCCAGGAUUAGCGAGGAACAUGUAUAAUGCAAUGAUACUCUAAU